AACGCCGCGCCGAAUGGAUGUGAUCGCCCCCAGAGGAUUGUGUAUUGGUUUCAAGUUCAGGUGUUGAUAACUAUCGUGAGAACAAAACCCCCGUACCAAUAUAGUACUUGAACCGUGUUUGAGUGGUUGAUGAAGUGUUUACAAGCGGCUUUAUCAUGCUUGAUAACGUGGAAUCCCGUAUCACGUUCGAAGUGCCCACCAAUCUCGACUUUGAUAAGUUGAUCCGUGACAACAACUACACGCUAUUUUGGCAGAAUCUGCAGCACAGUGAACCCCCGCAUGGCAAGGAUAGCCUGGCGGAGUCAGUGGUGCAAGGGGAUCGUAACUCGAGUGAUUUUAACCUGAUGAGUAGUUUGAAGCAUUUUGCGGGGGAGCAGAGUGGGCGCCUACAUUGGGGGGUCUUAACAAGUGAUGAUGCCGGUGACGGAGUGGAGGGACCACUUGUGGAUCCCAGUUACCUGUGGAUUGCGGCCGUGAUGGCGUUGCUGAUACUGUCGGGAUUGUUUUGUGUGUGCUCCUGCUAUAUGUAUUUGAAGUACCGGAGGUGGCAGAAGUGUGUGUCGCUGGCGACAUGCCAAACCCUAUCGAAUCUGGACGUUGAGGCGCCACCUCCGUACGACACGGAAACACUGCCCUCCUACACCAUCGCUUCGGGUCUGCCCAGCUACGAGGAUGCCGUGCGUCAUCUAGCCGCCCGCCAACAGUCACGUGGUGCUACUUCUGCUGCUGGAUAUGAGCCAGCUCGAAGGCCACCGAUCCAUCCACCGUCGGUGGUGAAAUUCUUCGAUUCUCGCCCCCAGAACUGGCUCAACGUAACCAUUUUUGAGGAAAUCCAUUACAAUUUCGUUGGGCGGGGGACAUCCGCUGCAAAUGGUGCUGCUACCUCCACUGCUACCAUUGGAGCCAAUAGCGAACAGAUGACCUUACCAAAACCUGAAUUGGCAUCCGAUAGGCAGUGCGGUGCCAAGUCGGAGAAUGCGGAUGGACUGUUUAAAAUACAAAUUUGUAUGGUGGAGAACGAGAAGGAGCAAACUUCCAAUCGAUAGAGAACAUCCGCAGAGGCCAGUGACAGAUUGACUGUGUUAUUAUGCAUUUACUAUAUCUUCAUUCAGAGAUGCAAGACUGUGUGUAAAUUUUUUUGUAUAUAAUUUCUAUUGUAAGAAUCAGAUGCAUUAGAGUUCAGAUGUAAUUUAUCUUUUUUGGAUAGUUUAUAUUUAGUGAGUGGUGUGAAUCUUUUUUAAAAUGUUUGAACGGGAUAUGGUGUGCAUGUGUGUUUGAUUUUUUCCUAACGAGACUGAAAAUAAAUUGUAUUUUUGCUAUGAUAAUGAUAAUUAA